GUAGCGAUAGGAAGGCAAAAUGAGUAAUGCGUAUUCUGACUGUGUGACUGGUCUGUGGAGAGUUCUGUUCUAUAGAAGCAACCCGUAAAGCUGAACAUGUGCGAAUGUGGGUGCGUGUUUGUGUGAGGAUUAAACGUUUAAUGAUUCGAGGGUUAUUUAGCUCGAAAUAAGACAUGCAUUGGAAUGCUUUCGUAGCAUAUUUUGCGAUUGCCUCCUGUGUCACGCACGGGGAUCUCGAGCCGUUUCUGGAGAGCACGGAAACGCACAUCCGGACAAAGGAGGGCUCCUCGGCCAUCCUCACGUGCAUCGUAACCAACAUGCAACAGAACAGGAGGGUUAAAUGGUACACUGCCGACGGCAACACGAUCAGUAUCAAUGACAAAAUAUACACGUCGGACCGCCGGAUGUCGAUAUUGCAGCCGCUUCCGGGCACGUGGUCUCUCCGGAUACAAGGGGUGCGACAGCGGGACUCGGGACUGUACCGUUGCAUUCUCGACACUGAGCCCGUACAAACAAAGAACGUAAAUCUGCACGUGCAAGUUCCUCCGCGAAUUUCUGCCUCGGACCAUACCUCGGUUGGGGUCGGUAAACACUUGGAGUUAUGGUGCAAUGUGACCGGCGAACCCACACCAGAAGUGAGGUGGUUCAAAGACAACACUCCAUUACUAGAGCAUACGUCAGAGCAUUGUGUUGUCGAGUCUACAAGCAUGCGCGAUAAAGGUGCCUACGAAUGUGUUGCUGAAAAUGGCGUCACACCAUCUGCAACUGCCAACAUAAAUGUCGACAUUUUAUUUCCACCUAACGUGACGUGCCUCAUUGAACGGAUAGGCCAGUUCGUAAACAGACAAACGAAAAUUGAAUGCAAAGUUGUCGCCAACCCGGAAGCUACAGUCACGUGGUAUCACGACGCAACGCCGUUGAAACAAACGUGGAAAUAUAGAAUAGAAAGCUUUUCGGAAGAUGGAGAGACCAGACACUCACUUUCAAUAACCACGUUAGAGAGGUUUGACUUUGGAAAAUAUAUAUGUUUUGCAACGAACUCCGAAGGUUCCGGUUCCUCCGCUACCCAUGUUUAUGAAAUGCAAACUAGAAGCACGCCUUCCUCUACAACUUCUUCCUCUUCAACUGCAUCAACUGCAACAUCUACAUUUUUAAUAGAGUCGACUCCAACUACAAAAUCCGUUCCCACGCCAAGUAUCCAUUCGUCCUCUAACCCACAAGUUUCUGCAACGUAUACAUACGUGAUAACGACAUACUCGUCGGAACAAGUUGCUGGACAAUCAAACAGUGCUUCCAUAACAAUUUACAGAUGUCCAUACGUCAUAUUGACAGUAGCACUUAUAUGGAUCGAAUCGUAUCACGCAUAAACUUGAUAUCUGUGUUAUAGAUUUGUCUUCCAUUUUGUAUACUUUAACUUUAAAUGCUAUGUCGUAUACUAUUCAAUGUAAUGUAUUUAAACUAUAAGCAUGCGUACUUAUAUAUGUUUAAAUGUAUGACAAUACAUUAAUAACCAAUGUGUAUAGGCAUAUUAUAUUAUGAACUUUUUAUGGACUAUUUGUGCAUACCUUUAAAGUAGGAUAUGUUAUGUGUGCUUGAUAUAAGAAUGUGAUAUUACUGUAGAAUUCUUCAAUAAGCAUCUGUUUAUUGUUUAAGGUUGUCAGCAGAAAUUUAGUGUAUAUUGGACUGCAUUUCUUAGCACUGGCAUUGCGGAAAAGUUGCUUGGACCUUUGAGCCUCACUCUGGGAAAAGGGGGUUUAUGCACGUUCGUAAAAUGUCGUACCAGAUUAGACUGUGCAGUCCGAACAGGCUAAUCAGAGAAGCCAUUUACAGCGUUUAUGUGCUUUCUUUUAAAGGAAGUCUAUUCUACACGAAAAAAAAACAGUUGAAAUAGUAUAGGCAAAAAGUGUCGUCUCAUAUUUUAUCUGGAAAGACGCUUUACGCACAUGCAUGAAGCCAAGUUUUCCUAGACUCAUAUGCCGACUGAUUGGUUUCAUUCCGUGUUGACGUGUUUACGGGUUUGAAGUUUAGGGGGGGGGGGGGGUGUGUGACGAGGACAUAUUGUUAUGUUACCCAAAUCACACUAGUCACGGACAUGCUCCCCCGCGAUUUGUGAGCAAAAAUGCAUUUUUUAAAGAUACCAUAAUUACUAUUUUGCUAUUUAUCCGUACCAAACCUUAAGACGAAAAGUUGCACAUUAAACUAUAUGCUUUCAGUGCACGGUAUGGCUUUAUAUAUAAAAUCCAUGUAUUGAAAAAAAAAAUGUCUAUAUUACUGUGUGAUUUUUCAGACAAGAACAUAUGUUCAUUAUCAAACAGAAUGCUUCACGUCGUCUUUACCAAUCGAGCGUGGUGCUCGAUUAGUCAUUGUCGGCUCGGGUACUACCUAAAUGUACCUCGGGUGCUGUUAAGUAUAGUUAAAUGUACCCCGGGUACGGGAAAUAUAUUCAAACGUACCCGACCAAUUUAGACAAUACCCGAGUUGUAUUACCGCCCAAAAUCCGAUGCCGUAAUACGCGCUGCGGAAUACGACACAAAAUUCUCUUAGAACAAAACCUGCACCAACAUUCUUUUUUGAGUAUGAGAUUCGAUGAAGAAAAAUCCAUCUUACAAAAUAUUGACAUAAAUAUGAAUAAUUAAUUAAUAAUUAAUUUGAAAAAAAGUCGACAAAGGCCAAUUUAGCGUAAAAACUCCCGAUUACGUUUUAGUACAUUUUCCGUACCCCGGGUACAUUUAAGUAAGCCGACAAAGGCCAAUCGAUCCAUAGUGCUGGCCGACACCUCAGCUGUACCGUUGGAGACCGUCAUAGCGAUAAGGACAGAUACACUAUUUUUAAGCUUAUAUUUCUGUGAAACCUGGGCUUAAUGCAUCUGCGUAUUUUUUUUCGCAGAUAAGCCUGUGCAGUCAGCACAAGCCGAUCAGGGACGACAAUGUCCGCCUAAACUGAAUUUGUGCUCAAAAUAGACUUUCUUUACACGAAUAAAUUCAGUAAAGCGGGAAGUAUCGUCGUUAAUUAGCCCUCACGAAAUGCGCAGGCUAAUCUGGAAUUACACUUUACGAAUAUUCAUUAAGACCCGAGGCUCAUCUCAUGUAUAGUUGUUUGUGUUGAUCUGGGCCAGCGUCUCGACAAUGGAAGGUGCUGGGUUCGUUUAUAAGAUAAUCAGGGACCAGACUGAUUUUUGCGCAAAAUAGACUUUCUGUAAACCAAUAAAUUCCAUAAAAGUGAAAA